UCUCAAACUUACUUCAACUCGGUUCUGGCAAACCUUGAAUCGAAUCAUCAAUACUAAGCGUUCUUCCUGUCUUUCAGCAUCCGCCAAAAUGGCCCCCAAGAAGAAGAUCGCCGUCAUGACCUCGGGAGGUGACUCCCCUGGCAUGAACGCUGCUGUCCGAGCUGUUGUGCGCAUGUCCCUUCACAUGGGUUGCGACGCCUACUGCGUCUACGAGGGAUAUGAGGGUUUGGUGCAGGGAGGCGACUUCAUCCGACAGAUGCAGUGGAACGAUGUCAGAGGCUACCUCUCUGAGGGUGGUACACUUAUUGGUACUGCUCGAUGCAUGGCUUUCUACGAGCGUCCCGGUCGGUUAACGGCCGCCAAGAACAUGGUUCUUUCUGGCAUUGAUGCUCUGAUCAUCUGCGGUGGUGACGGCUCCUUGACUGGUGCUGACAAGUUCCGAGCUGAGUGGCCUUCUCUGCUGGAAGAGCUCGUUUCCAAGGGAGAGCUGUCUACAGAACAAAUAGCACCUUAUAAGCAUCUCAACAUUGUUGGUCUCGUCGGCUCUAUCGACAAUGAUCUCACAGGAACCGAUGCGACCAUUGGUUGCUACUCAGCACUCGCCCGUAUUUGCGAGAUGGUCGACUACGUCGAAGCGACAGCCUCUUCACACUCGCGUGCUUUCGUCGUCGAAGUCAUGGGCCGACAUUGUGGUUGGCUGGCCCUCAUGGCCGGUGUCGCAACUGGUGCAGACUUUGUCUUUAUUCCUGAAAGACCUCGUGAGCAUGAUUGGCAGGAAGAUAUGAAGGUCGUUGUGCGAAGGCAUCGAGACCUUGGAAAGCGCAAGACCAUUGUCAUUGUCGCUGAAGGUGCCCGCGACAAGGACGGCAACAAGAUCGGCGCCGAAGAAAUCAAGAACAUCUUAGCCGACAAGAGCGAGGGCGGCCUUGCUCUCGAUACACGUAUUACCACCCUCGGUCACGUCCAACGAGGCGGUACUGCCGUCGCAUACGACCGAAUGUUGGCUACCCUGCAGGGUGUUGAAGCCGUCAAGGCUGUCCUCGAAGCUACACCAGAGACCGAGACUCCUUUCAUCGCUAUUAACGAGAACAAGAUUGUCCGCAAGCCUCUAAUGCAAGCUGUGGCUGAGACCAAAGAACUCGCCAAGGCCGUUGAUGCCAAAGACUUCGAGAAGGCCAUGUCUCUUCGUGAUGCCGAGUUCGCCGACCAAUGGGGCUCUUAUAUGUUGACCACGAACGUCAUGGUUGACGAUUCUAAGCUGCCUGAAAAGGAUCGCAUGCGAAUUGGCUUCAUCAAUGUUGGUGCCCCUGCUGGUGGCAUGAACGCUGCAGUACGUGCUGCUGUUGCGUACUGUCUUUCCAAGGGCCACGAGCCUCUGGCUAUUCACAACGGUUUCGCUGGAUUCGCGCGACACCACGAUGACAAGCCUAUCGGCGCUGUCCGCCCGUUCGACUGGCUUGAGGUUGACGGUUGGGCGAGCAAGGGCGGUUCCGAGAUUGGUACAAACCGAGAGCUUCCUGGCGAGUCUGGUAUGGAGUUGAUUGCCAACCUGAUCGAGGAGCACCACUUUGAUGCUCUAUUCCUUGUUGGUGGUUUCGAGGCCUUCCACUCCGUUUCUCAAAUGCGCAAGGCCAGGAAGGAAUACCCUUCUUUGUGCAUCCCCAUGGUUAUUCUCCCCGCCACCAUCUCCAACAACGUUCCCGGAACCGAGUAUUCUCUGGGCUCAGAUACUUGCUUGAACGAGCUUGUCAACUACUGUGACAAGAUCAAGCAAUCAGCGUCCGCUACCCGUCGUCGUGUCUUCGUUAUCGAGACUCAGGGUGGUCGCUCAGGCUACAUCGCUACCCUGGCUGGCCUGGAUGUUGGUGCCUCCGCUGUCUACAUCCCCGAGGAAGGUAUCUCUCUUGAGAUGCUCAACUCCGAUGUUAACCACCUCAAGGAGGUUUUCAAGAAGGACAAGGGCCAGUCCCGUGCUGGACGCCUGAUUCUCGUAAACGAGAAGUCCAGCAAGGUCUACAAUGCUAAGCUCAUUGCGGACAUCAUCCGCGAAGAGGCUCACGACCGGUUCGAGAGCCGAGAGAGUAUUCCUGGUCACGUCCAGCAGGGUGGUGUUCCUUCCGCUAUGGAUCGUUGCCGAGCUGUUCGUCUGGCCAUCAAGUGCAUCCAGCAUCUUGAGGGCUUUGGACGUAAUGCUCAUAACCACGUUAAGAAGGACCCCAAGAGUGCCUCUGUCAUUGGUAUCCAGGGCUCCGAGGUUGUGUUCAACGCAAUGGAGGAGCUAGAGGAGCACGGCACAGAUUGGCCCAACCGAAGACCUGCAACUGCCCACUGGCUGGGCCUGUCAGAGGUAGUGGACAUGUUGGCGGGCCGUCCUGACUACCCUAAGCCGGAGAAGAGCUUGACAGGGUUGAUCGCAAAGGACACAAAACGUGGUCUGUAGGGGGACGUCAUCUUUUGGCUAUAAGGAGAUUUUCAGAUUGACGUUACUUCAC